UUGACCAUGGUGUGUGGUGGGCCUCAGGAAAGGGUGCCCUCCAAGCCCACACUCUGCGCCCUCCUGCUGGCACUGCUGUGGUUGGUUCCUGACUGGGCUAAGCCCAGUGCCUGCAGCGUCCCAGAGGUGCUCCGCCACUAUCGCGCAGUCAUCUUCGAGGAUCUGCAGGCCGCAGUGAGACAGUUGGGGCCAGAGCCAGGCUCAGGAUACCACCAUCUCCUUGAGAAAAACCUAACUGGAAUGGGCGGAGGGCGGAGACGACCUAAUGUCUCCUGCAGUGCCCAGAAGGAGCACAGUAUCCUUCUGUCCAUUGAGUCCCUGGGCCAGACUCUGCUCCGGGCAGUGACUGGGGGCCGCCGUGGWUCCCUGGAGAAAGCUGCAUGGACUGUGGCCCUACGCACCGAGGCGGUGAUGAGGCGCCACUGCUGGAAGCCUCGCCAGAGCCGGCGCCCCAGGAUGCGUCCUGUCCAGCGCCGCGGUGGUCGGAGGCGGCUCCUGCUACGUGCCCUGGACACCGUCGCCACCUGCUGGGAGAAACUCUUCGCGCUACGCGCCAGGGCCACCGGGGAAUCCUAGUCCGCCCGCCCUGCCCCCCCACACCCAGCAAAAAACUUGGGGAUCCGCGGCGGAAUCUGGCAACAAGCCUCCUUUGAUUGAUGUCCCGAUGGCAGCCUCUUCUGCUCGCUCAACCAGCCUGCCCUCCCCGAGGGCCAGGGACUUGGAGAAGCA